AAGUGAGCUACCGGUGUUUGGAUCUUUCAUCCACAUUGGCAGGAGGACUGAACAGUCUGAGUAAAGCUAGAGGAAGCUAAAGGAUGUUUGAAGCCAUGGCUGAAAAUGCACCGGAUUGUGAUUUUCCACAGAGGCGACUUGGACCCAAAGAGAGCCGUAAUGGUAAUUUUAAAGAUGCAUCAGCCAGAGAAAGAAGACAGCAAGAACGAGAAGAGCGUCUCUCUCUGGUGCUGUGGAGAAAGCCCUUCCAGACGCUGCAGUAUUCAUUCUUAGAGACGCUCAUCACUUUGAAGGAGUGGACAUGGAAGCUCUGGUACAGAAGAUAUCCAGUGUUUUUGGUCCUAGUACUUGUUUCAGUGUUCACAAUGGCCUAUUCAAUAGAAGGAGCACAUCAAACGUAUGUACAGUACAUGGAGAAGAAGAUCCUGUGGUGUGCCUACUGGGUAGGCUUGGGGAUUUUGUCUUCAGUAGGCCUUGGCACAGGCCUUCACACUUUCCUUCUUUACCUGGGCCCACACAUAGCCUCUGUCACACUGGCUGCGUAUGAGUGUGGCUCUGUGAACUUCCCUGAGCCACCAUACCCGACUCAGAUUGUGUGUCCAGAGGAGGAAGGCGUGCAUGACAGCGUGUCCCUCUGGACCAUUAUGUCUAAGGUCCGGCUAGAGGCCUGCAUGUGGGGGGCUGGUACUGCUAUUGGAGAACUUCCUCCAUAUUUCAUGGCACGAGCGGCCCGUAUUUCUGGAGCAGAACCAGAUGAUGAGGACUAUGAGGAAUUUGAAGAGAUGCUGGAACAAGCAGAGCACGCACAGGACUUUGCAACAAGAGCAAAACUUGCUGUACAAAACAUAGUUCAGAAAGUAGGAUUCUUGGGAAUCUUGGCCUGUGCCUCAAUGCCAAAUCCUCUCUUUGACCUAGCUGGUAUUACAUGCGGCCAUUUUCUGAUCCCAUUUUGGACCUUCUUUGGAGCAACACUAAUUGGAAAAGCAGUGAUCAAAAUGCACAUUCAGAAACUCUUUGUAAUCAUAACGUUCAGCAAGCACAUAGUGGAGCAGAUGGUGUCUCUGAUCGGGGCCAUACCUGGGGUUGGAGUUUCCUUACAGAAGCCUUUCAGUGAAUAUCUGGAAGCACAGCGAGCUAAGCUUCAUCACCCAGCUGGGGAUGGCACACCUGCGGGUGAGAACUGGCUCUCCUGGGUCUUUGAGAAAGUGGUGCUCGUCAUGGUCUGCUAUUUCAUUUUGUCCAUCAUAAAUUCCAUGGCACAGAGUUAUGCCAAGCGGCAGCAGCAGAAGAAGCACUCGGAAGAGAAAACCAAGUGAUAGACUCACAGUAAAUCAUCUCAGGCCCCCAUUUUGGAAACUAAGGAGUAUUUAACCCCCCAAAAAGAACGAAUGGGCACUAAUUUAAUGUGUGUAAUAUUCUGUUGUAUCCCCUUCAUUCCCAACUUGUCUGUAGCGUUUGACUUAGAACUUUGUGGUUUUUACCUACAGAGAUAGAGAAUGUUUUUCAGGGGCAGUCCCCCCCCCCCCCCAGAUUUUCUUCUUCUAGAUUUUCUUCUUCAGGGACUGCAAUAUAAAAAAAAAAAUCUCUUUUUUUAAUUGCCUGCACAUUGUGUAAAUAAUUUGUUGUAACAGUUUAUGGAAGUCAGCACAGACUUUCUGCCAUAAAUGUGAUGAAACUGAUGCUAUUUAAAUCUGGUAAACUUAAGAAUUGGCUUACUUUAUCUUAUGUACAAUUCACUUUAUAAACUGCCUUGCUUUUUUUUUUUUGUCUUAAUACAUUUAUGUGAAGCUAAAACUUGUUGGUCUGUUGUAGACCCUGGUUUAAUUCUGUUGAACAUUAAAAUUAAGUAAUGCAUCA